GUCAUUUGAGCUCCCACCGCAGACAUGGCGACGUUGACAGUGGUCCAGCCGCUCACACUGGACAGAGAUGUUGCAAGAGCAAUUGAGUUAUUGGAGAAACUACAAGAAUCUGGAGAGAUACCCGUCCAAAAGCUCCAGUCCCUCAAAAAAGUUCUGCAGAGUGAGUUUUGUACAGCUAUUCGCGAGGUAUAUCAAUAUAUGCACGAAACCAUAACGGUGAACGGCUGCCCGGAGUUCCGUGCCAGGGCCACUGCAAAGGCAACAGUCGCAGCUUUUGCAGCUAGUGAAGGUCAUUCCCAUCCUCGAGUAGUGGAACUACCCAAGACUGAUGAGGGCCUUGGCUUUAAUGUGAUGGGAGGAAAGGAACAAAACUCCCCCAUUUAUAUCUCUCGCAUCAUUCCCGGAGGGGUGGCUGAAAGACACGGAGGCCUCAAAAGGGGAGACCAGCUGCUGUCAGUGAACGGAGUGAGUGUGGAAGGGGAACAUCACGAGAAGGCUGUGGAGCUACUCAAGGCCGCUAAGGAAAGUGUCAAGUUGGUGGUCCGAUACACACCCAAAGUGCUGGAAGAGAUGGAGGCCCGCUUUGAAAAGCUCCGGACUGCCCGGCGCCGGCAGCAACAGCAGCUGCUGAUUCAGCAGCAGCAGCAGCAGCAGCAGCAGCAGCAGACACAGCAAAACCACAUGUCCUAGGUCAUUGAGAGGAAAACACUUGGACCGGUGGUCUGGCCAUCAUGUAGAGUUGGAGCUGUGCUUCAGGGUUACAGCAUCUGAUGAAAGUCAAAGAGAGCACCAAUAAUCAUGCCUGUCAAGAAAGAAGCUACGAGCAAGUGGUGUCAAUUCUUUACCAAGGCAACUAUAUACCUUCUUUCUCUGGGCCUGACCCCCUGCCAAUCAUGUGCACUUUACACGUUCAGCCCUUCCAUUGAUAGCCCUGGGAGUUCUCUAUGUGUAAAAAUGAAGGCUUCUCCACAUGCUGCUGGGUCCAUCUGCAGACUUUUACACUCUAAGGAGAAAAAAAAAGUCUGUGGCUUUUAAAUACCUUCUUAGGGUCAGGGAUGGAGUGAGUCUUUGGCUUCAAGCUUUUCCAGAGAUUAACACACCCCUUAUUAGUCUAUAGAUCAAACUGCAUCAGUUCAAGGAUUUUGCCACUUAAGACAAACCCUUCUCAUCGACAUUAACAUCCUCAUGCCCUAUACUAUAUACAUAUUGCAGAGUUGUUUGAAUUGGACUUCCAGUUUAUAACAAAUGCAAAACUUUUUUUCUGAAAAAAAAAUAGCAAGUUAUUCUACUAUAUUUAUACUGUAUUCAGGUUGUAGAAGCAAUUGGCUUUUUACUCUUGGUGUUUCCAUGAAUUUUAUUAUGCAUUAAUUAAUAGAAUGGGGCAAUUUUAGGUCACCUUUUGCUUUCUUAGCAGCAAGGGUAGAGAACUCUAGUACUGUAUUUUUAAAAUUAGGUAUUGCUUGUAACUACUAUUCUGAGAUCUAACUGAAUAUAAUGUAUAUUUAAUUCCAUAAGAUAUAUAUUGUCAGAUUGUAUUUGUUACAGAUUUAUGGUCUUUUCUUACUAUGU